CCGCCGCGCGGGUCCUCGCGGUCGAGGGGCGCGGACAGCGCGAUGGGCAUGCGCGUCGCGUCGCCGAUCCAGGGGAUCGCCUCGCCCUCGAUCAGCCCCGCGAGCACGCGCAGGCGCUGCGGCGAGGCGUUCGGCGGGAUCGACGUCUGCACCGAGGUCGGGACGAGGUUCGCGAGGUCCUCGAACCCUAGUGUCGUUGGCGCUGCGGCCCCGGGCGGCACCAGGAGCCCGUACUCGGUUCGGAAGACGAUCGGCGCGGCCUGCGGCUCCGUGAUCAGGGCUGGGUAUGGUAGUACUGCCUCGGCAGCGGCGGGAGCGGGAGCGGGAGCAGCGGCAGCGGCAGCGGCGUUGUUGUUGGCAUUGUUGUUGUCGUUUUCGGGGGCUCCGCCGCCGAAUGUGAAGCCCAUGGCCAAGUGUGGGUCCAUGAAUACCCGGAGGGUGCCGCGUGGGGUGGUGAGGGCCUCCAUGAAGGGCUGGGCGGGGGGGAAAGGGGGCGCAAGCUCUUGCCAGCCGGGAAUUAUGGGGACGGUGAUGUGCUCGUUGGGCCAUCUGUGGUCUACCCAUUCAGCGUCGUGUGGCCACUCAUCACCAUCCACUGAGGAGGCAGGGCUGGAUGGUGGGUUCGAAGCUCCGGAGCUGCUGGAGUCGUCGCUCAUUGAUGAGUCGUCAGAGCUGAGCAUGUCGUCGGAGUCUGAAUGUUCAUUGGGGUUGUCGUUGUGCCAUUCCCCGGACAUCGGUGGUAGAGAGCUGAAGCCCUGGCCCCAAUUGUUGGACUCGUCGUCGGCCAUGGCUGUGCCUGCGUGUUCUUGCAUCUUUGAUAGAUAGGCUUGUCAAUAGGUAAGUAACCUACUUGGGUACUGGUUCAGGGAUGAAGAAGAAAGAUGUGUGUUCGUCGAUCUGUCGAACCUGUGUAAUUCUCGAAUUCGAUUCUCAAAGGUUCAAGAAGCUGGAAACUAGGUAGUGAAACAGAAGUAAUUGGUGUGAUGAAUAUGAGAGAAGGGAAACCCAGAGAAAGGAGGGACGACCUUCUUAAAUAGUUUCCCUAUCAUGAAGAAAUACGCUAUACUACCUAGGCAACGCAGGUAGUGAGAAGUCUAUGGCAAAGUAAACACACACAGGUUUGAUCUGUUGUUGUGGGAGGUGGCGUAAAGGUUCAAACUCAGUGUUGAAGACUUCCCAGGCUACUGCUACAAUACUACGCCUAGUAUCGAGUAGAUAGUCGUAUUUUCUUGCCUCUUUUCCUUUAUAGUGUCUAUAGUCUGGCAACAUACUUCAGUCAUCUUUUCUCCAAGGCUAAUCCACAGGCCUGUUGAAGUAUAGCAUUGCUACCAGCACGAAGCUUACCUCCUAGUUUGGGUCCUAAAGUAAAUAGGACGAGAGGGCAUGAGGUUAAAUGGCCAGAAAACAGCUUCACUUAACUAGUAAUUCUCGUGUUUAUUAUCCGG